GUGUGGACUGUUCAUCGUCAAAAGUUUCAAUUUUCUCUCAAUGCUCACAUGAACUGGGUUAGAUGUGCAAGGUUUUCUCCUGAUGGGCGAAUGAUUGUAUCAGCAAGUGAUGACAAGACAAUUAAGAUAUGGGACAGAACAAGCAAAGAAUGUGUUCAUACAUUUUAUGAUCCAGGAGGAUAUGUAAACUCAGUAGAAUUUCACCCAAAUGGCACAUGCAUAGCAGCAGGUGGAACAGACAGUACUGUUAAGGUGUGGGACAUAAGGAUGAACAAGUUACUUCAGCAUUAUCAAGGUAUACAAAUUAAUUUGCCGAUAUUAGAUUUGAUGGAAGGAAGACUGUUUUACACACUCCAUGGACAUCAGGGACCAGCAACAUGUGUAAUUUUCUCACAAAAUGGUGAAUAUUUUGCAUCAGGAAGUUCAGAUGAGCAGGUAAUGGUGUGGAAGACAAACUUUGAUAAAGUUGAUUAUGAUGAAGUGCUACGUUCCCACAGAAAAAGAGCAGCAUCUCCAUCUGUACCCACACCACAUACUCAUGACCCCCCUCCAAGGAUUCCAUCCAAGGAAGCUGCACCGGAGGUCAGAGCUGGAGCAGAGCCCAGGAAUCUCGCUGUUGGUGACCCAGAAGUGGUUGAAGUGGGACCCGCCAUGUUUUCAAUUCCUCAGAGACAGAGCAAAUUAGAUGAAGUAACAGGGAGGACUGGGGAGGCUGAUGGUUUGGGAGGCAUUCCAGCUACACAGCCUCCCCUCACCACACCCCUAGAAAGAAGAGAUAUUCCUCCACAACUGAGCAUGACACUGGAGCACAUUGUGGGACAGCUGGAUGUGCUAACACAGACGGUUUCAAUUUUGGAACAAAGGCUAACGAUGACUGAGAAUAAACUACGAGAAUGCCUGGAUAACCAACAGAAAAUCACUUUACAGAUCAGACCUAACGAGUAGCGCAAUACAGCAACAGAAUCUAGAGACCUAAUCAUUAGACAUGUUCAGAAUUAUUUUAAGACUAGUCUUUAUAUGAUAAUAUUGUAAACUAUGAAAGAAAUUUUCAAUUGAGUGUCGAAAGUAGUCAUGGAUAUAGUCAUGGGCAUUGGUUUAACUUGACUUUAGUCUGUUAUUGGUUUAGAAAGCCUAUGCCGUCCUCUUGACUAAUCAGGUACGAGCCUAAACAAGAUCAAGUGUUGGAGUUGGGCCAUUUGUAUAUUUCCAGCGCUUCAGGCUCUUUG